CUCCCUCUCCCUUGUCGCUUACCAAACAAACAUGGCGUCGCACUGGGAAGACACAAGCGCCGCUGCCGCUGAGGAGCAGGGGGAGAAGAAAACAGCCUCGGUGUCGUUUGGUUUCACUAAAACAUUCAAUAAAUUUAAAGUUCCUGCCGCCGAAGCGUUGACCAGCAAAGAAGACAAAGACUUUCUCACCGGAGUCGAUAGAAACGAACUACAAAGUUCAAAACCAACAGAGAAACCCAAGGAGCUCAUCAUCCCCCUGAUCCAGAAGAACCGCUGGCACAGGCCGGACCGAGCGGGACAGAGCGAGGAGAGCGGAGGCAAAACACAGGAGACAAGCGGGGAGAAAGACUCUGUGGAGUCUCUGGCUGUCAAAGAACUCAUCGAGGAUUCACGGAAGCAGCUUGAGCAGUGGGAGAAUGGCCCCCAGACACAAACUGACCCGAAUCUCCGCAUCCCCUUGUUGAUGCAAAACAAAGUGCCCGAGGGCUUUGAGGAUGGAGACCACAUAGCGGUGGAUCUGCGGCCUGAAUCCUCAACUGAGGCAGACUAUGAGAGCAUUCCUGUUGGGGCUUAUGGAAUCGCCAUGCUGAAGGGGAUGGGAUGGAAAAAAGAGGAAGGCAUUGGACGCACCUUCAAACAGGAUGUGAAGCCAAUCGAACCCCAGCUGCGUCUGAGAGGUUUGGGUCUUGGUGCAGAUCGUUCAGAGAUAAAGGAUCUGGAGCCCACCAGACAUAAGCGACCCCCCAAGCCAGGCGAGGAGCGGGAGAAGGAGGAGGAACUAGUGAUGGGUCCCGGGGGCUGUGUGCUGGUGGUGUCAGGGGCACAUAAGGACCUGUAUGGGAAGAUUGAAGGCAUUGAUCCAGAAAACGCUCGAGCUGUGGUGAAGCUGGCUAUUGGUGGCAAGACUGCGACAAUCAGCCAGCACGCUCUUAAACUGAUUGAGCGUAAGGAAUACGACAAAUACAGCAAAGACCUGAGUCACCUCAGCAAAGCUCACAAGGAGAAGGAGAAGGAGAAAGAGAAGGAGAAGGAGAAGGAGAAAGAGCGAGAGAGACGGGAGGAGAAAGACAAGCGAAGUAGUGGUGACGAGGUAAAACACAAGUCUUCAGAGAAAGAUGGAGGAAAAGAUGACAGGAAGAGGAAACACACAGAAUCAAGUCAAGACAGAGAGAAGCCUUCCUCUAAAGAAGCGAGGCGGCCACCUGCUCCCCGCUCCUGGCUCCAGAGAGACUUGAAAGUUCGCUUUAUAGACAAAACUUUCAAAGGGGGCAGGUACUACAACUCAAAGAUGUGUGUGGAGGAUGUCCUGACACCCACCACCUGUGUGUGUCGAACUGAAGAGGGUAGACUGCUAGACGAUGUGAAGCAGGACAUGCUGGAAACCAUUGUCCCAAAAAGGGACGAUGAUUCUAUAAUGGUCGUACUGGGUGAACACAGGGGUCAGGUCGGACGAAUCCUCCAACGGGACAAGAACAAGUGCAGAGCAAUAGUUCAGCUCGAUCGAAACGAGAAGGUGUUCACACUGGACUAUGAUUCCAUGUGUCAUUAUGUAGGAGCAACCGACCAAUGAUCGACUGACUUUUAUUCAAAUAUCAUUUCUUUUUCGUCUCCCUAAAUGUGGACUUUUGAAAUAUUCAGAAAAAUGUCAAUCCUUUUAAUGCAACGUUGUAAUAAAACAAAUUCAAAAGCA